UUAGAACCCUGCAAGAUAAAGGAAGUCUGUUAAAAACGAAAGUAGAUUAAUCAUAUUGGUCGAUGUUGCAACGUAUGCCUACGUUCACAAGAAACUAUGGAAGAACUUGGAAGGAUUCGCUCUAAAUUAGUCGUACUGUUAUUGGACCAAGAUGUCAUCAAUCUCCUGCGUUACCUUAGGGAGAUGAAUGUGUUGAAUGACGAGGAGAAGGAGACUGUAGAGGGGUGGAUGACAAGUGAAGACAGAGCACGUUGUCUCAUUGAUACGGUGAUGAAGAAAGGGGAGAGAGCAAGUACCGUGAUGGUUGAUUAUCUGACUGAGAAGCCCCCUGAACUAUGGCCGACCCUGGGUCUGACCCCAACUUCUGCUCUCAUCAAACUUGGAAGGAUUGGCUCUAAAUUAGUCUACACGUUGUCGGACCACGAUGUCAUCAAUCUCCUGCGUUACCUUAGGGAGAUGAAUGUGUUGAAUGACGAGGAGAAGAAGACUGUAGAGGGGAAGACGACCACAGAAGACAAAGCACGUUGUCUCAUUUAUACAGUGCUGGGGAAAUCGGAGAGAGAAAUAAGCCUGAUGGUUGAUUAUCUGACGGCAAGGCAACCUGAACUAUGCUUAACCCUGGGUCUGACCCCAACUUCUGCUCGGAUCAAACUUCAAAGGAUUCGCUCUAAAUUAGUCUACAUGUUGUCAUGCAACGAUUUCAUCAAUCUCCUGCAUUACCUUAGGAAGAUAAAUGUGUUGAAUGACGAGGAGAAGAAGACUGUAGAGGGGAAGACGACCAGAGAAGACAAAGCACAUUGUCUAAUUGAUACGGUAAAAGAGAAAGGGGGGAAAGCAAGUAGCCUGAUGGUUGAUUAUCUGACGGAGAAACACCCUGAACUAUGCUCAACCCUGGAUCCGACCAAAACUGCUCAGAUCAAACUUGGAAGGAUUGGCUCUAAAUUAUUCGGCAUGUUGUCGGACCACGACGUCAUCAAUCUCCUGCAUUACCUGAGGGAGAUGAAUGUGUUGAACGACGAGGAGAAGAAGACUGUAGAGGGGAAGACAAACAGAGAAGACAAAGCACGUUGUGUCAUUGAUACGGUGUUGGAGAAAGGGGAGAGAGCAAGUAGCCUGAUGGUUGAUUAUCUGAAGGAGAGGCACCCUGAACUAAGGAUAGGGUUUGGUGGGGAUCCGUCAUUCAGUAGCGGACAGGAGAGAUUUGGUCUGAUGUCCCCGUCUCUGCCCCUCAAAAUGCAUGAAGGCGACAGCAAGCUGGAACCUCUGAUGACAUCAGGCAGUAGCGGACCGGGGAGCUUGUCCAAGCCUGAGCUGUCCGGCCCUGUGGACUCUGAGUCCUCACUUCCACUUGCAAUGCCUGGUAGCACGCAGGAACUUGGAAGGAUUCGCUCUAAAUUAGUCGACAUGUUGUUGGACCCAGAUGUCAUCAAUCUCCUGCGUUACCUUAGGGAGAUGAAUGUGUUGAAUGACGAGGAGAAGGAGACUGUAGAGGGGUGGAUAACAAGUGAAGACAAAGCACGUUGUCUCAUUGAUACGGUGAUGAAGAAAGGGGCGAGAGAAAGUAGCGUGAUGGUUGAUUAUUUGACGGAGAAACCCCCUGAACUAUGGCCGACCCUGGGUCUGACCCCAACUUCUGCUCUGAUCAAACUUGGAAGGAUUCGCCUUAAAGUAGUCUACACGUUGUCAGACCACGAUGUCAUCAAUCUCCUGCGUUACCUUAGGGAGAUGAAUGAGUUUAAUGACGAGGAGAAGAAGACUGUAGAGGGGAAGACGACCAGAGAAGACAAAGCACGUUGUCUCAUUUAUACAGUGCUGGGGAAAGGGGAGAGAACAAGUAGCCUGACGGUUGAUUAUCUGACGGCGAGGCACCCUGAACUAUGCCUAACCCUGGGUCUCACCCCAACUUCUGCUCGGAUCAAACUUGAAAGGAUUCGCUCUAAAUUAGUCGACAUGUUGUCUUACAACGAUUUCAUCAAUCUCCUGCAUAACCUUAGGAAGUUAAAUGUGUUGAAUGACGAGGAGAAGAAGACUGUAGAGUGGAAAACGACCAGAGAAGACAAAGCACAUUGUCUAAUUGAUACGGUAAAAGAGAAAGGGGGGAAAGCAAGUAGCCUGAUGGUUGAUUAUCUGACGGAGAAACACCCUGAACUAUGCUCAACCCUGGAUCCGACCAAAACUGCUCAGAUCAGGUUUGGUGGGGAUCCGUCAUUCAGUAUCAAACAGGAGAGUCCUGGUCUGAUGUCCCCGUCUCUGCCCCUCGAAAUGCAUGAAGGCGAUAGCAAGCUGGAACCUCUGAUGACGUCAGGCAGUAGCGGACAGGGGAGCUUGUCCAAGUCUGAUCUGUCCGGCCCUGUGGACUCUGAGUCCUCACUUCCACUUGAAAAGCUUGGUAGUACGCAGGGAUACCUUUUAUAGGUUUGGUUCAGACAACGUCUAUGAAACCCGCUCCCCAGGGCAGGAUCUGUCGGAUAAGCAGCUCCGGGUUGUUGCACAAACUCUUGGACGAAGGUGGGAGCGGGCAGCCAUCCACCUGGGGCUGACUGACGAAGAUCUGGACGACAUCAAGAAAGAAG